GCACUGUUGUGACUUCCUUGUAAGCAAACCGGUUCAGGCAGUGUUUGCUCUUAGAGGACUAGCAGCUGUUGAUGACAGAAGCUGCUGCUGUGAAAUAGGUCUGUGUGAAAUAGGUCUGUGUGUCAGCGCAGCUCUGUCCGUGUAUUUCCGGGUGGCGGAGGCUGCUCCGGUACAUCUCUGCUAGCAUCACUUGGUCCAGCCUCCUUCCUCCAUCCAGCCGCAACAAGAGCCACCUGAGGCCGGGGCACAAACCAAACCAACAGUUAUUGACCGAGACAGAUCAAUAAUUGAUGUCUUAUAGCUGAAAGCCAAAGCGGGGAGCAGCGGGCAGGAGUUAUGGCGGCGUCGCUUCUCUCCGAGACCGACAUCAGGCACCGGUCCAUGGCGGAGGAGGAUCCGAAUGGAAAUGAGCACGGGGCGGCUGCACGCAGCGCUGCGCCUCGCUGGGGACCGCAGCACGCCGGGGCCCGACAGCUAGCAAGGCUCUACUCUCCCGGUAAGCGGCUCCAGGAGUGGGUGUGUGUCAUUCUGUGCCUCUUUCUCUUCAUCAUCAACUUCUCCUUCCUCCUCCUGCACUUCUCCACAGUUCACAUCUUCAAGAUCAUCCUGGGCAUCGUCCUAGGGAUAGUGACGGCAGACUUUGCAUCGGGGAUGGUACACUGGGGCGCAGAUACCUGGGGAUCUGUGGACAUCCCUGUUAUUGGCAAGGCGUUCAUCCGUCCUUUCAGGGAGCACCACAUCGAUCCAACCGCCAUCACUCGCCAUGAUUUCAUCGAAACCAAUGGUGACAACUGCAUGAUCCCCAUCCUACCACUGGCUUACAUGGCCUACAAGUUCCUCACAUACACACCAGAGGCCUUGGCGGCGUCCUAUCCCUGGGAUUGCUACGUCUUCGCCCUGGCGGUCUUCGUGACAUUGACCAAUCAGAUUCAUAAGUGGAGCCAUUCCUACUUCGGCCUGCCACGCUGGGUCACGCUGCUUCAGGACUGGCAUCUGGUGUUGCCACGGAAACAUCAUCGCAUCCAUCAUGUCUCGCCACAUGAGACGUACUACUGUAUCACUACAGGCUGGUGUAACUAUCCACUGGACCAGCUGGGCUUUUGGAGACGGAUGGAACAAUUGAUCCAACGACUCACAGGGCAGAAACCGCGUUCAGACGACCUGGCGUGGGCAAAAAAGACCGACAGAUAAACCCACACAUGGAUGGAGGGGCACACGGCUUGCAGCUGCAAACGUAGAUUAGAGAUGGAAACACACACUCCCACACACAUACAUGUUACCUAUGUCCUAAUGCUUCUUGCUUUUUUUGCUAGAGAGCAAACAUUCAAAGAAACUGUUUCUGCAAAAAAGGAAAAAAUCAAAGACAGUCUGGGGGAUAUAUUUCUGUGCUUUAGUCUGUACUCUAACAAGCUUUGAACAUAGAAGGCAAAAACAUUAUCACUCUGCUGUAACAGCCAAUCAGCUUGUAGUCCUGUUAACCAAUGAUGUGUGGUGGUGUUGUAGUGUGUAGGUGUAGGAGGUUUCUGGAGGUUGGGCUCUCCAGGAGUGACGCCACGCUGCCUGGAUCAGGCAGCUUCUUACACCACACACACAAACAUGCGCACAUAUACACACAAUCAUGCAAACACAAGUCUAAAAGUCCAGUAUUCAGUUCUGUCUGUUCUGGUUUUUGGUGUCUAUAUUCUUUUUUAAGUAUGAGCAUUCAAAUGGAUGUCAAAGCACUUCUAAGGGCAGCAGCACCAUUUUGAAAUUUUCCUGUUUUCACACACAAGAAGAAGAAAUCUGAUGAUUGUGUGCCCUAAAUCAAAAAUGUACACUGUUAUACCUCUCCUCUUUUCUACCCUUGUUUGAAGAAACCCUCACAGUCCAAGUCAGACACUCAAUAUCACUUUUAAAGCAUUAUUUUACUGUACUUUAAGCUUAAGAGCAGAGGAUGCAUACUUACACGCCUGCAACACUUUCCAGGUGCAUACAUACAAGCAAACUUAUUUGAGUCGUGUUGUCCAGUUUUGAUUUUUUAUGAAAGACAUCUCUUUUAAGUAUUUACAAAGCUUUCACAGGCAAACAUCCCUCGUCUAAAUUUUUCUUCAGAGAUGGAUAAGAGCAGUGCCACGCCACUUCCCGCUCUCUAGAGUGACCACGCCUCCAUUUAGGUGAAUACAAGCCCACAGACUGUGGCUUUGUCCACAUGUAGAUAGGUAGUUUUCCUCCUCUGUGUUCAAAAAUAAUCCCAUCCACACAUGCAGUUUUCUCAAAAAUGUGGGUCCACAUGAAAAUGCACAAAAGCACUUUUACAGGAAGUAAAGGCCUUUUCAAACUGAGUCUGUUAUUUUCAGUUGCUUUUUUCAGUCUGUAAUCGGAUAACAAAUGUCACACAUGGAGUCCAGUGCAUUUUAUUUUUAUUAACUGAAAAUGAAAACAAUAUGUGCAAGUUUUUGCAGAGAGGAAAAAAAGUUUGACUCUUUCAAUACUUGGAAAAAAAAAAAACCCUCAAGGGGUCCAUCCAUCCUGACAGAGAGCUUCAUAUGGCACAAACUCACACAUUAUGGUAUUGUGCUUAAUUGGAGGGAUGGAAAGCAACUUUUUAACUUGGUGUCUGUUACCGGGCUGUGAACUCAAUUGGCCUUUAACUAUUAUUCUAUGUUCUGUGGCGACAUACACGGGCAAAUCACAGUCACAGUGUUGAAAGUGAGGGUUUAGCGUGAGGGAGAAAAAGAGAGAGUGGAGGGGGAUGCAGUCGCUGCUUUGAAUCAUCAGUCAUUCAAUUGAGUAACUUGGAUGGAUGCGGAAAAAAACACAAAAAAAUCAAACCUGCUCUGAAAAAAUUAUUACGGAUGAAAGUUUGGUGCCAGUAUGCAAACAUGACUGAGAUGGUUUUUCUUUUUCAAAGUGUGAAAACUUUGGACAAAAAAGAAACAGGCUCAGUGUGCAAUGGCCCUUGUCAACAGCAGUGGUGUUCUGUAGUGAUUUAUUUCUUUAGAUAAACUAGUCAAACUCAUGCAGAGACAGCAACAUUGUCCUAAAUGUGAACCUUUGUUUCCUUUGCAAUGACUAUUUCAUUUUCAAAGUUGUCCCACCACUUGAAUGGGUCUUGUGCUGAAGCGCCAGCCUUCGCAGCAAGUUUUGUGUCUUGAGUGUCCAUUCAGGUGUCUUAACAUAGUGGGAAAGCAACUAUGUAUGCAAGCAUGCCUAAAGUCCAGUUAGAUGCUUCACACUAGUAUAGGUUUAACAUCUGUCAUUGCAAUAGAAAGGAAAAUAAUAAUGAUGUACACCAGUGACAUCCAAGAGAAAUUGGCACACAGUGUAACAUUUCAAGCCCGAACCUCAGUUUUCCCUGUCUACGUGUAAACAGCUGUAAGUGGAGUUUCUAUGAAUCUUCACCUUGGAAGUUUUGUUUAGUCUGCAUUUUUAUGGAAGGUUGGAAUCCUCCAUCUUCAAAAAUACUUUCCUACGUGUGGACAAGGCCCGAGUGGUGGUAGAUAAGAAAAAAAGUGGUAGUAGCACUAUUAAAGGCUAUUGUGUAGCCUUGUUCAAACAAUUUAAAAUACAGAAUUUAAUUCAGUUCAAUUUUAUUUAUGUAGCAUAUUUCAUACAAAUGUAAACUCAUGUGCUUUACAGAAGAUAAAAACAGAUGCAAAACAAAGCAACAAAGAUACACCAUUGAAUCCAGAAAAACAGAGAUAAUUUAGAAAUGUUUUUUACCCUCCAAUGACAAAGAAGUGUAAAAGAAUGGCUCUGUAGCUUGGAGCUGAAUUUAGAGGUCAAAUGUAGGAUCGCUGUUGUAUUCCCACUCACUUUAAGCCAGCAAGUGCUCUGUGGCUGCAGGAGCUGUUGUCUACCAGCCUGCUAACACACUCUUCAGACUCUCACUGACACAUUAACCACAUUAAGAUCAAACUAAUUUAACAUGGUUGAAACAUACAUUUAAGGUAUAUGAUGUUGGAUUAUGACAUCUCUGGUCACAAGAUGGGGCAUUGAUUCAGUUUGACAGAGUCAGACUCUCUUAUAAUUGUGUUUAUUUUAUGAUGUUGCAAUGAUCCCUGUUCAGCAGAGUCAUCAUUUUUGUUGAGCUCACUGGACACUUAAUUUUUGUUCCUGAAUGAACAUAUUUAGUAUUUAAGCUUUUCAAUCACUAAAAACCCCAUUUUUCUUGUUUACCACCAUUCAUUCUGAUGGAAUGUUUUUUUUUGCCAGAGUGGUGCGGGGCUAGCAUCUUUAGGGCAAAGUACCCAGAAUAAUUGCUCUUUUCAAUUAGUUGUGGGUUCAUUAACAUGCAGCUUCUAUUAAGAAUAAAGCUUCUAAAUUAGCAUUGUAAAAUUAAUCAAAAACAUCUAAGUAAUCUCAAAGCCAUUUUGAAGACUUUACAUUAGAUGCUUUGCACAUUUGGAUAUAGAUGAGUUGAGAAUUAUCAACAGAACUCAUGUUUAGAAGUAAACAAGCAUUUAAUCUUUUUGCACUUUCAUGCUUAUAAGAUAGGCAGCUAGAUUUUUGUUUUUACUUUGUUCUUUUUAAUGGUAUCCUCGUAACAUGAAAGAAUGUGUGCAGGUAGAUUUUCAGAUUUCCAAGCAUACGACACACAGCUGAGCUUGUUACUGAAGGAGGUGGCAGAAAGAAACAAGUUUUUCCUGAUGAGAUGAAAGGUUCAGAAAUGUUUGCUAAAGAUCAACACCACUCUCAUAUCAGGAUGAAAAACAUAAGGUCAGUGAGUUUAUCUUUUAACAGAGACAAGAAGCAGCCCUCCUGGCAUUUAGUUCCACACACCUCCACAGCUAAGGUUUAGACACAUUAUUUUCUGUAUCUUUCUUAUGUGACAAUUAGGUUUACCUUAAAAAGCAGGUCUAGCUUUCUUCCUGUAUUUUGCAUUAUAAGUCUGGCCUUUUUGCCAUAGCUUCAUAUUUGGCAUGAGGAUAUUACCCGAUCAAUAUUUGGACACAGCUUUCAGCAAGAAAGUAAGCAAGCACAUUUCAAAACCUGUCAGACGAGUUACAUAGUGCAUGUCAUGAACAUCAAAAAACAGUGAAAUUGAGAAAGUUUGGCAUGAUUUUUGGAUUGGAGGUUGAUUUUUCUACUUUAACUUGAGUUCCUUUCCUAUGUUUAACACAGUGGCACAGAUAUACAGGGCAGAACCUUCUCGGCAUCAGUGGCUUCUACCUUCUGUACUUGUGCCAUGCCUGCAGACAGAAAUCUUUUCAGCUAAAGCUCAGUUUCCUGGAGGAUGCUUCUGGCUGCUCUAAAGGCUAUAAAUCGAGCAUUUCAUGUUUUAGGGUUUGCUUUUUACCACCACACUGGAAACCUCAAGGCAGGGAAACUUAGCUGGUUUAAGCCUCCAUAUCUUUUUUCAUGUCACACUUUGACCCUGUUUAUACCUUCUUUUAACACAGAUAAACUGGCUUUCUGUGCAUUUGGAUACUAAGUGGUAACCCAUAAUGAUUAGGUGGGAACAUAUCUCAAUGCAUAUUGAAGAUGAUUUGAUAUCACAUAGCUUGGAUUACAUAUAGAAAUAGGCAGAUGUACCUUAAGGCAAAUGUAGGUUGCCUGGGGCCUCCUGCUCCAAAGGGCCCCAUGAUAUAAUCAUUAUAGAUGUGCAUCAAAUGUGAGCUAUGCAUCUGAAAUUUACUUUAAAGAUUAAGACGUGUAUUUUGAAUAUAAACAAGGGCCAGAAGUGAAUAAAACACCAUCAGAAUUAGAUGUUCAUUAUAUCAAAAGUCCCUGAGUAGGACCCCUGGCCCCACAAACAAGGUCCAAGCCAUUUAAAAAAGCUCCUAAAUGUCUUCUUAUCAAGCAAAUUAAAGUUAAGUAGUUCCCUAAAGUCUUAAUACACUUAGAAUGGACUGGGAUUGCAUGCAAUUAAUACAAAUUUAUGAUUUAUAUAUGUUUUUAUCGGUUAUAUCUGGCCUAGAGACAUGUUUGAAUAUGUAGUUGAAGUAGGUUUGACUUGUGAUGCUCCUCUAAGAGCUGAUGAGCAUAAAUGUGGAAGGGCUUCAUAAGCUGGGUUUCUACCAGGUGGUCGACUUUGAUUGAGAACAGUUUGACAUGGUAUCCCCAAAAUUUUGCAGUUUUGCAGUCAAGUUUGCAUUUCCACAGACCCUGACUUGGUGGGUGGACUGCAGAAGGUAUGCAUGUGGCGUCACAGACAGUGCAAGUCUCUGCCAUUCCAGCCGAAGUUCAGACUGGUGGCAGGAACCAGAAGGGAAUAGGCAGGAAACAGAUUUAUUUUAGCUGAAAAGUGCCCCAUCAUUUAACUGCUACAUCUUAAUGAUGCUCACUGUGGUCAGGGCAGAUCCCCAGCUUAUUGAAUUUUUUUAUAGAAAUGUUUGGAACCGUAACGGUACAUUAAGACACAAGAUGAAGCCUGGCUAUUACACUUGCUACAACAAGCAUGCAGUCAGUGAUUAUUGCAAUCUAAAACCCACCCCAUUCUCCUUCCUCUUAUGUUAAAGAAAAAUUGAGACCUUAAAUUUCAUCAGAUCAGAUGAUGCUAUAACGGUGUAUACAACAUAAUAUAAAAGUUGAAAGAGCUGCACUGUAUGAACUUGUCACAUUAAAAAUAAAACGAAGGUUUAUCUGGUGUUAAAAUCAAACUAGAAUAUGCAAGGCAGCCAGAAAAACAUUUUAGUGAAGAAAACUUACAUUUUUAAAGGCUCAGCUCAGUAGUUAGCUCGUCCAUGAGCUCACCAACAGCUCAUCUUCUGGUACUAAUUUGGCUUUUUUAUAUUAAACAACAACAAAAUGGGGAAAGGAAAACCAUCAUUCACAUAAUUAACCAGCGUUCAUGAAUGACAUAUCACUACCUGCUUGUCUUGAAUUGUGGCAUCAUUUCAAUCUAACCAGCCUCCCAUAAUGUUGAUUUAGUAAAUAAUAAAUCACUGUUAUUUUGAAAAGCCUGUUUAUGAAAGAGAAAAGCUGUAAAUGAUAAGCACUUGCCGCUUAGCUUGUAGCUAACUUACCCCCUGUUAUUUGUGCUGCAUAUAGCAUGCUAGGAUACCUACGUGAGAUAGAUGAUGUAUGUGCAUUUAUUCAUUUAAGGAAAAGAAAGUGAGAAUAUUGAUUGCAGGUAAUCAUUGAAGUAUUUUUAGUGCAUUGUAUGGAUACAUGUACUAAGUACACUCAACUUGGUAUCCAGAUGCCCUCAACAGUUGUUACUUUAAGGUAUAAACCAGUGGUUCUCAACUGGUGGGUCAGGACCCUUAAGUUGGCAGUGUAACAGUUUCCAGUGUGUUGUAAAUGUGUGCAUGGGGAAAAAAUGUGGCAAAAAGUCUUUGAUGUACAGAAGCCCUAAGUGGACAGAACAUAGGUUUUUGCAAAAGAUAAAUUUCAGGGCUUUUUAUGCCUUAAUUUAUUAUCCUUUUUUUAUCCUUGUUUGUUUUUGUUUUUAGUUUUCCUUUAAUGAUAAUAGACUGUAGAAAGAAAUGGACAGAGCCUGUGUGACAUCAGCCGUCUGAUU